AUGUUUCUUUCAUUGCUUUUUUAUUUUCCUACAAAAACGUGAUUAGAAUUCUGUUCUUAUUUUAGACAAGUAAAGAAAAUACUUAUUGUAAAAUGUCAAAUUUAAUUGUUUCUGGUUUGACUACUAUCACAACCUUUCAUUUAUUUGAGGGUGUGCAAGAUUUGUUUGAUGACGUCAAAAAGCUUAUGUGUUGGUUGCACCAUAGUCUUCCUGAAAACAAAUUCGUUAGAGGCUUAAUAUAUGCUGCAUCGGCAAUUCUUCUUGGACGCUGUGUUCCCUUUAUUCUUAGACGAACUGAGUUUUUUGCAUAUUUUGAUCGAGAAAUUUUUUAUUUCCAUCGUUCUUGUAAUAAAGAAGAAGUUCUGAAAUUUAAAAAAGAACUUUUUAGAUGUUUCAGACUUGAUAAAGAACAUGGAUUGCCUUUAUAUGCUGACAAAAAACUUGUUAUUCUUGAUGUUAAUAUUGGAGGCGGUGCUAAUCUUUCUUAUUAUCCUUUGUCUGCAAAUAUUAUAGGAACUGAUUUUGACGAAUCAAGCGAAUCAAAGUUGCUAAAUAACAUUUUAAUAAAUGAUUUUGAGUCUGUCAAGUUUUUUUGCACUCGAAUGGAAGAAUUAAGUUGUCUAUCUGAUGAAUCAGUUUCAUGCGUAGUAUCGUUUCAUUCUCUGUGUUCAGUUCGCAAUAAAUCUCGUGCCCUUGCUGAAAUUAAACGCGUAUUGCUUCCUGGUGGUAAGCUUUUUUUUAUCGAACACACAUUGGAGAAACAUCGUUUUAGUUCUCAAUGGUUUUGGCAAAAAAAUUUCGCACUUUCUUUAUUCUUUGUGCAAUGCUGUGCUAUUCAAAUAGAGAAUGAAAUACCGAAAGCUGGUUUUUCAAACUACUGUUAUAAAGAAUAUUGCGUUGACAUGACAAAAUCGUGUGGACCCCUAAGGUCGUUAUCUCCUCACGUGUACGGAUAUGCAGUCAAAUAAAGCGUUUUUAAAGUUUUAUUACGUUACAUUUUAAGAUAGAUUUAUGUAGACGGGGCUAGUUAAUAAAACUCUAUUGCUGUUA